AAAAAUUUAUGACCGAUCGUUCCGGUCCGUUAAAUUUGUUUCACAACAAAAACGCUCUAUUAAAAUUACUACUACUAAUCUACUAUUAAUUAUUUAAUUAGAAAGGUAAAUUCAAUGCAAAACGAUAUGUAGUCCUCCACAGACCACAGCUCAUUAAUAAUUUGAUGCGUCUCAUUCUACAAAUUCCUAUUUUAGAGGGGCCGAACCAUGAUUUUGAAUAAAAAUAGGGGCGAAAUGAGGAUCGACACCUCAAAUUAAAUUGAUGUUUCAAGCUAUGGCCACUGAAGCCAGCUACGACAAUCCCGACGACUGGGAGCUCAUAAACGACGACGGCUUCGUCUACAAGCGCAAGAAGCGCCCCCGCCUCGAACCCAUCGUCGCCGCCCCUCCGGCUUCGGAGCAGAACCACCGCCUCUUGCGGCAAAAGAGGGCCCUGCUGAAGUUGAGGGACAGGUACUUGGAAGAGAUCAGCCGGUGGGAACUUUUGUCGAACACGUUGACGGCAAUGGAGCAGAACGCUUCUGCGCAAUUGAUGGAGCGUCAUGAGCUGCAUCCCUCGACGUCUUCUGAUGGGGCUUCAAGCUCCAGCGAGCCUUCCGCGGCGGAUUUCUAUCGACGGAGACUCGUCGAUGAUCUUCUCUCUCAGGUUAAAGAGCAAGAAGCAAUAAUAGUGAAUGUAUCGAAUAUGUGUGAUAUAGCCCAAGUAUUGUGCAGUGCAAAAGAGGGAAUUGUAAGGCAGCAGCUAAUAGACCUACCGAUUUGGGAUCCUUCUCCACAGGAGCUCAUGGCUGCAUUAGGUGAUGAUCAAAUAUUGGAGCUGGAAUGGGUGGUGGCGUGGUGGUCCAGUGGAGGAUUUGGGUGUUCAUACGAAGCUUCUGCGCUUUGUAUGCAGGUUUGUUCCUAGAUUAAGGUGGCUAGAUGUUAGAUGUUGUAAGAUGAAACUAGCAAGCAAUGAUCUAAUCUUCAUGUGAUUUUUCUGAGUAA